AUGCUGGCGCCGCGCAAGACGCUCUACUCGACGCCGCGGAGCGCCUGCCGCCGCGCGCUGGAGCUCGUGCGCGUGCGCGCGUCCGACGUGGUCUACGACUUGGGCUGCGGCGACGGCCGCCUGCUGAUCGAGGCCGCGCGCAGCUUUGGCGUGCGCGCAGUCGGCGUGGAGAUCGACCCCAAGCGCGCGCAGCAGGCGGGGGACGCCGCCGCGGCCAGCGGCGUGGGCCACUUGGUGACGGUGCACCAGGCCAACGCGCUCGAGUUCGACAUCCCCGCGGACGCCACCGUCGUCUUCCUGUUCCUCAUCGGCCGCGGCUUGUCGCUGGUGCGGCCGAAGCUCGAGAAGCUCACCAACUGCCGCGUCGUCACGUAUUUGUAUCGGAUCCCGAACCUGACGCCGUUGGAGAAGCACCUCGUGCCGGCAAAGGAGCGCGAGCCAGAGGAGACCGAAGAGAAGACGGUAGACUCCGUGGACGUGGCAUUCCCUGUGUACAUUUAUCACUUCCCCACGUCGCCGGAGUCCGCGCUGCACUUGCCGCAGUCGACGUGCAACUAA